AUGGCAUGUGAUUUAAAAAACCAAUGUAGGGACUGUUGUUCAAAGCCUUUUUCUGGUGAUUCACAGUUAAAGCAACACGUAAGAGACCACAUUGACGAAAAGCCAUUUUUACGUGAAUGUUGUUCAGACACAUUUUCUGAUGAUUCGCAGUUACAGCAUCACAAAAGUGUCCACACUGCGGAAAAGACGUAUCCAUGCGAGAUCUGUUCGGAAGGAUUUUCUGAUGACUCACAGCUGAAGCAUCGCAUUCAAAGCCACACUGAUGAAAAGACGUAUCCAUGCGAGAUCUGUUCUGAAGGAUUUUCUGAUGAAUCACAGCUGAAGCAUCACAUUCAAAGCCAUACUGGUGAAAAGCUCCAUCCAUGCGAGAUCUCUUCGGAGGGAUUUUCUGAUGACUCACAGCUGAAGCAUCACAUGCAAAGCCACACUGGGGAAAAGACGUAUCCAUGUGAGUUCUGUUCGGAGGGAUUUUCUGAUGACUCACAGCUGAAGCAUCACAUGCAAAGCCACACUGGUGAAAAGUCGUAUGCAUGCGAGCUCUGUGUGGAGGGAUUUUCUGAUGCUUCACAGCUAAAACAUCACAUUCAAAGCCACACCGUUAAAAAGCUGUAUCCACGUGGAUGUCGUUCGGAGGGAUUUUCUGAUGCUUCACAGUUGAAGCAUCACAAAAAAGCUCAUACUGGCAAAAAGAAUUACAGCUCCAAAGGGAGUGACCGAGGAGCAGAUGGGGAGCUGCCAUCGACGUCCAAGCGUCAAUCCCAAGAUGGCGAAGGACAACCUCCCAAGAGACGCCGGCCGGAGGACGGAGGUGCGUCGGAGACGGAUGAGUACGGGCGGACCGCGUUGCAUCGUGCAGCAAGGAGCGGAGACACGGAGGAGAUCAGGGAGCUGCUGGACGGAGGAUGGAACACGAGGGCGAGGGAUGAUGAUGGAAUGACGCCCCUCCACCUGGCCCUGUUGUGUGGGAAGGAGGCCGCGGCAGAGCUGCUGGCGGACGCCGACUGCCUCACGGAUGUCGUGGAUUACGACGGGAGCACCCCUCUGCAUGUCGCUGCACGGAGUGAGUUCGUGAAUGUCGUCCGUAUCCUGCUUGCGGGGGGAGCAGACGCAAGUGCGAAAGACGGAGAUGGAUGGACGCCCCUCCAUUGGGCCGUGAUCAGGGGGAAGGAGGCCGUGGCGGAGGUGCUGCUGGAGGCCGCCCCCGAAUGCGACGUGCCGAACAUUAUUGGCCGCACCCCCCUGCACUACGCUGCGAGAGAAGGUCUCGCAAAUGUAGCGAGAGCCUUGGUGUCGAGGGGUGCGCGUCUGCAGGCCGAAGAUAUAGGUGGACGCUGUCCCCUGUACUAUGCCCUGUGGUGGGGAAAAGACGAUGUGGCGAGGGUGCUCCUGGCGACGUACGCCAGGAGGUUCAUCGAGAUACAUUGGGAGGAGAUGGAACUCCCGAAGGAGGACGAGGAGCGCGGCGUCCUUCUGCUCUCCGAGUGCGAGGCCGAGAUGAGGGAGGCCCGGGUGGAGGGUCCCGCCUCUUCCUCCGCGACCUCGCCCGCCGACCCCCCUCCCGCCUGGCCCGGCGGCUCUCGGACCGGGACCUCCUGGCGCGGGACUUCCCGCUCUUCGGCGACCUCCUGCUGGGGGAGGUCCGGGAGAGGAGGGCCCUGGAGGACCGCUUCCUGCAGAGCGUUCCCCUCCUCUGCCCCCCACCUGCUCCGACGUCCUCCUCGCGUGCCUGGCGGACGACGACCUGAGGCACUUCGACCGGGCCGCGGAGCUCUAGUUCCCGAGAUUCCGUUCGGGUGCCUCGCGAUGGGGAAAAGGAAAUAAUGAUCACAGGACUUGAACAUUCCUCCAGUUGACUGAACUUUAUCUGCUUUUGUUUUUGUGAAUGAUUCUUAGACACCUUUCAAAUAGCUUUGUACUUCAUGUGCGAAAUGCUCUGUGUGUAUCAACCAAAAGUAAUAAAAGGAAUAUUCUAGCCAUUGAUGAAAUCUCUUAUUAUACCAUAUUGGCACGAAAGAAAUAGUGAGCCGAAAAUAUUAACCCUG